AUGGGUUGGUUUUGGGGUGACAACAAGAGCGAUCCUGUCAAGAAGCUUGACCCUGGCCUUCGAGAGUUCCUCGAGCAGGAGACGCCCGAUAAAUAUGUGCCUGCACCCGACUUGAAGCAACCGUCACCUACGCCGGCGCCCGCGCACUCCCCCGACUCACAAGAAGCCGAUGAGUCCUCGAAACCGAAUGUCCCUGCUGCAUCUCUAUACCAGGAUGGCCGCUAUGCCGAUCUGUGGAAGACCUACAAACCACCGAGCAAUAUCGAUAGUACUUCCGGAGUCCGCGCGGCGGAGCGAGUGAUCGAAAAGAACAAGGAGUACGGGGAUACUGUGCAGCGAGCAGCGAUGGAGAAUUGCGCUCUGGAACACGAGGCUUUGACCUUCUGCUUCAAGACUGGAAAUUGGAAGAAGCAGAUUGAGGCCCGGUUGACUAUGUGCUCAGCGGAGAAUGCCACUUUCUCGCGAUGCUACCAAACACAAAGCAAAUUCCUCCAGGCGCUGGGCUACGCUGCAUCCUUCGAAGACGAUGCCGAAAAGGAAGAGCGGAUUCAAAUGCAUGCCGAUACACUAUACCACCAAAUGCUGGACUAUGAGAAGAAGGUGAAGGAGGCUAAGGAAGCCGGCGUUGAACCACCUCCACUCACCUCACUCUUUAAUCCUGAAAAGCCAUCUCAUAUCGAAGGCGUGGCUGGCACCCAGGUUGAAAUCCCUGGCGGCGAGGCUGUUCCACCUGGUUUCAAGCCAUCUAAGCCCCUGAUCAAGCUCACGCCUCAUGAACGUGAGCUAGAGAUUCGAUCGCAUAAUGCCCAUCUGGAGCAACAGAAGCUGUUUGCUGAGGAGGCCACCCCAUUCAUGAAGAACCAAGCGGAUGCUCGGACGAAGAGACAGGAGAAGGCCGUCAGCUGGUUUGGAGAGACGAUUGGAAAGUGGGUCUCAUAG